AGUGAUUGGUUAAACUGACAGUGUCUUUAAUACUAUAUAAUGAUGAAUUAGAAUGCAUCAUAUUCCUUUAACCUUGACAUUGGCUAUCAUGUGGACAGAAUGUAUGUUUUUGGAAGCAAUCAAAAGCAAAGACCAUUUCAUUACAAACUGUACAGAGUGAAUGUACAGCACAGGAUGAGCAACCUAUAACAAUGGAAAUAAUUACAAUAAGUUAUUAUUGGGCUGAUGUGUAAUUCUUGAAGACCGUCGAUAUCAAUAAUUUCAGAUGAAGGCAUUGCACAUCAUCUCCAACUUUAAUCAUCACUCUUCUACGAACUAAUCACAGAUUCACUUCUUCACUCCCCCUUCCUCCACCUGAAUGAAGAGAGGAACAUCAAAUGAGCAUUAUGAAAGUUUUGACGUCAACAAUCAAAGUGGUUACUGAGGUGUUUGCUGAUGUCAUCGCGACACAGGACAAGGGGGCAUGGAGGGAGGGAUGGAGAGAGAGAGAUAUAGAGAUGGAUACGGGAGGGGUAGGAACGAUAGUGCGCUCCUCUGACAUCAUAGAGGCUCUUAUAUACCGGGUGGAAUGGAGCCUGCCAUUCCUCACUUCACUCCUGAGAAAGCCAAGAGAAGACACAGCGAACAGCUUGAAUGUGCAGAAACUGUGGGACUACUGAGAAAAUGCAGAUGCAGCUGACCUCUGUUAUCCUCCUAUUUUUAUUGUGUAAUGGAAUGUGUUCAGAUAUAGACCAGGGAAAAAGGGCAAUAGAGGAAGAGGUACUGAGAAGUCUCCUCACUUCAAAGGUAAAGCAGAGCAAGCACAUCGCCCCCCUGUGGCAGCUGCCGCUCCAGGAUGUGUGCAGGAUGAUGAACCGUCUCGGGGAGUCUUGGCAGGAGGACUGGGGCAGCGAGGAGCAGCAGGAGGACGCAGAAGUUCAGGCUGACUAUGACCAGAGGGUUUCAGGUUCCCUAGCCCAAAUGCUUGAGAAAAUGCAUGACCUUCAGAACCUCUGCAGGGUCCUGCAGCCUAGAGAGCUUCAAGACGACCAAGAAUAUCUGGAGCUGGACCAAAACAGUGACAGUCCACUGAAGAGGAAAUCUCCGUAUAUACUUAAAAGGCAACUGCGCACCAAUAAAUCAAGACGGCCUUACAUUCUGAAGAGAAGUGUGUAUUACUGAUGCCCAAGACAAACCGACGGAAAGAUGUUUUUACAUUUUGUGAAUAUGUGUCUGUUUUCAAUGUUGUAGUAUUAAAGUAGCGAUAUAGUAAUUGUAUGCUCUGUUUUAGCUAAACCCGUAUUUACUGUAUGCGCUUCAGAAAUCAAUCCCUUCUUCAUUAUGGGAUGGACAAUGUAAAUAAAACAGCAGUCAA